AUGGUCACAGUCCUCAGCUUCCUGAGUGCUGGUGUAACAGAUAUCCUUGGAACAGAAGAUCUUGUGGAAGCAACUUCCAGUGACGCGGUGAGAUUCUACCCCUGGACCAUUGAUAAUAAAUACUACUCAGCAGAUAUUAAUCUAUGUGUGGUGCCAAACAAGUUCCUUGUCACCCCGGAAAUUGCAGAGUCUGUCCAGGCAUUUGUGGUUUACUUUGACAGCUCACAAAAAUCAGGCCUUGACAGCGUCUCCUCGUGGCUCCCCCUGGCAGAAGCAUGGGUACCAGAGGUGAUGAUCUUGGUCUGUGACAGAGUGUGUGAAGACGGAGUAAGCAGACAAAAAGCUCAAGAAUGGUGCAUCAAACACGGCUUUGAAUUGGUGGAGCUUAGUCCAGAGGAGUUGCCUGAGGAAGACGAUGACUUCCCUGAAUCUACAGGAGUAAAGCGAAUUGUACAAGCCUUGAAUGCCAACGUCUGGUCCAACGUAGUGAUGAAGAAUGAUAGGAACCAAGGCUUCAGCCUUCUCAAUUCAUUGGCCGGGACAAACCACAGCCUUGGAACAACAGAGACCCUUCACUCAGAGCAGCCCCCUUUGCCGGCAGCAGACAGGACAGAAUCCCUCCCGGACUAUCGGGGUGGCGCGUCUACCACAGCAGGUGCCCAGGUCGAUAGCAUUGUGGAUCCCAUGUUAGAUCUGGAUAUUCAAGAAUUAGCCAGCCUUACCACUGGAGGAGGAGAUUUGGAAAAUUUUGAAAGACUAUUUUCAAAGCUAAAGGAAAUGAAAGACAAGGCUGCGACGCUUCCUCAUGAGCAAAGAAAGUUGCACGCAGAAAAGGUGGCCAAGGCCUUCUGGAUGGCAAUUGGGGGAGACAGAGAUGAAAUUGAAGGCCUUUCUUCUGAUGAAGAACACUAGAUUUUUCCAACUAGGUUUGACUGACAAAGAUGCUAGCUGUCUCUACUGGAGAUACUUCCCUACUCGAGCCAGUUAUAUCUUGCUGAGAUUUCCAUCGUUUGUUGGCCUCUGGAUUUGUUUUUAGGGUCCCU